UAUUUUGCAAACGAAAUGUUGUGUCACGUAUAAAUACCAAGUUUUGUGGUCAGCUUUAGCAUGUUUAGUAAUGUUUUGAUGUUGCGUUGAACCUUGUGGUUUAUAGAAUGAGAAAGUGAUUUGCAUUUUAAUCAUAUACAUUUUUGUAUAAUUAUAAAUAGGCCUUCACUUGGCUUGACGUACCUUUUCUGCUCAAUGUCAGAACAAAAUGGAAGUUCGUUUCUCUUGAAGCUGUUCUGAUCAUGGAGCGAGACAUGAUGAAGGCAGACCGCGAGAACACCAUCAGGCGACGGAUUAACAAGACGAUAUAUGCAAAGUGGUACCCUAAAGCUCGGUUACCCAUCAUUCCAACAUGUCUUCAGUUCCAUGUGGAGCGACACAAUAUCGUGCAGUCGGCGAUAAAAAAUGUCGAGAAAUACUGGGGAUAUUCGGAUUCAGACUCCAUCUGGCUCAAACCGUUGGAAGUAAACUUCGAAGGGGAAUCUGCGGUAGAUUUUGGGGGCCCCAGUAAGGACUUCUUUCAUCGCCUGUUCUCCGCCUUGUUGGACCCAGAGAUUCACAUAUUUCGGAAGAUUGAUGACCAGGCUGUCUCCUCAGACGUGUGGUUUAACCCGGAGUAUCUGGAUUAUAGCACCUUGGAGAAGAUCGGUCUCCUCUUUGCCCUCUUAAUCUUCAAUGGAGCUGUUACUACCGUACCUUUCCCUGAGCAGCUUUACGAGAAGCUGCUUUCAAACAGAGACCCUGAAGCGUCUGAUCUGGAGAAAAUAGACCAAGAGUUUGUCAAACAACUCUUUAAGCUUCGUGAAAUGGGGGCGGAGGACGUGGAAGCCCUGGAUUUAGACUUCGAAGAACUCCGGCCAGGAGACGAGAAUGUCCCCGUCACGAAGGAAAAUUUGGAACUGUACAUCAAGGAGAUGAUGACCAAGCGGUUAGCCAUUCCUCAGCUUGCAGCCUUUACCAAAGGAUUCAACCGAAUAGCCUCCAUGACACCUCUCAUGAAAGAUAUCUUCAAAGCAGAAGAUCUGAGAGACGUCAUCUUGGGUGAGGAAUUGGACUGGAACGCUUUCAAAUUGAGUGCCGUGUACCAAUUUCCCUACUCCGAGGACCACCCGGUCAUCAAGAUGUUCUGGAAAGUGUUUGAUGAAUUCGAGGAAAAUGACAAGAGACAAUUCCUCAAGUUCCUGACAGGUGCUGACCAUGUUCCUGUUGGUGGCUUUGUUCGCUUCCCUGUGAGACGAUUGAACAACAUGGCUGACAAAUACCGUGAUCCUGUAGUGCCGAACAAGUUCCCCGAACCCGGCACUCUCAUGCCAGAGGUGAUGACCUGCAGAGGAUUUCUGUCCUUGGAUAUACCAGAGUACCAGACCAAAGAGGACUUACGAUUUCGGCUCAAGAUGGCCAUUCAGACCAGCGGGUUCCACAGGGAGGCACCUCAUCGUUCCUCUGCAACGGCGCCUUGUUCCGAAUCACCAAUGUUGCGGCAGGUCGUACAGGCUGGCGUGCAGCUUCUGUUGGGUGGAAGACGCUAGUCCUAGGUGCUGGAUUUGUGCGGACCCUCAGUUUAUUGUGCACGCACACAGUCGUAGAGGCAGUAUCCUCUGGAUCCGUAGUCAAGAACUUCUUGGCAGCCAAUUCGACGAUUAUUUCUAAGUUCUGGAAGAACAGAUGCCCUCUAUACAACUAAUGUUGAUCCAGAAAGAGACAGUGACAGGCUCCCCACCCUAUACAGAUUCCGAGAUUAUAAUGUAAUAAGUGGCCGUUUACACAAAAUUGUACAUCGUUGUACAUAUAAUAUAUGUGUGUGCAUGUGUGCGUG